AUGUCGCCCGCAUGCUCCGGUGCCGCUGCUCCGUCCGGCGCCGCUGUAGUCAGCCCGAGCAUAACGCCACUCGACCUGCUCCGUCCGUACACGCUCUCGUUGCUGUCCUUCCCAGUCGGUUCCUCGCUUUCUCCCUCGUUGCACUCAAGGUUCUUGGUCUGAAAAAAUAUAAAAUCUCGCGCCGAAUGGUCAACCAGCCUAGUUCAGCUCGUCGCCACCUGCUCCCUCCUCCUUUGAUGGCGAAGCCAGGUUACUGAGGCAAUACAGCUCCCUCUAGCAAACCUAGGGCCGUGUAGUGCCCGUCCACCUUUCUGAUCGUGUCUGCCUCCGCGCCCAAAAAUGAGAUGGGCAUCACUGCCUACGCCGACGACCAGAAAGGCCCGCGCAUCUACAUUUUCCCGCCUGACCCCAUCAGUGCC